AUGACUAAGUCUGAUAUAGGAGCAGCAUUGAAUCAAUGUAAAGAUUUGUCUUCUUGGCACCGCGCGCGCGCGGGUGACUGGUGGGACUGGCCCCAGGGGCGCACCCCGCCGACUCAAACCUGCCCGGGAAGAGCGGCUUGCGUCCCGGGCGCGGCGGCCCACCCCAGCCUCAGGUCCUUGAUUUUCCCAUUUCUGAUCCGAGGAGGGAAGCCUACACCAUUGUACUCAUGUGUAAUUGCAUUCAUAUUCUGUACCUUUAAUGGCUACUUACAAAGCAGAUACUUAAGCGAAUAUGCAGUGUAUGCUGUUGACUGGGUCACUGACCCCCGAUUCCUAACAGGUUUUGUCUUGUGGCUGGUAGGCAUGCUGAUAAACAUUCACUCUGAUCACAUCCUGAGGAAUCUCAGGCAGCCAGGGGAGACUGGAUACAAAAUUCCAAGGGGAGGCUUAUUUGAAUACGUAAGUGCAGCCAACUACUUUGGAGAAGUGGUUGAGUGGUGUGGCUAUGGCCUGGCCACCUGGUCUGUUCAAGGCGGGGCUUUCGCUCUGUUUACAUUUUGUGUUUUAUUCACGAGAGCACAACAGCAUCAUCAGUGGUACCUUGAGAAAUUUGAAGAUUAUCCAAAAUCCAGGAAAACUCUAAUUCCAUUUUUGAUUUAAGUCCAUUAUCAGUGGAAUUAUCUUCAACUUGAUGUUUUUUUUAUAAUGUUUCUCUAGGGAUUAUAUAAAUGAAUUAUUUCUUUGUCAUUUUCCUGCUACUUCAUCUUUUCCAAGAUUUACCCUAGGAAUUGUUUUCCUAGUAAAUUUGUAAGCUACCUAAUAACUUACCAGUCAAACUGAAAUGCAGGUUGAAGUAUUCUACUGCAUACCAGGGUAGGACUCUGGAGCUCUGGGUAAUGACUGCUGACCAUUUCUCUGAUUUUGGACUUUUGGUUAGGUCCAGCUGAAUGUGCACAAGACCAGAAUAUACACACCAUCUUUGAAGACCUUUAUGGACCAAAACCUUCCAUUAGCCCUUGUACAAUCCCAUAGAACAGUUCUGACAAGAUCAAAGGCAAUGUUGUCCCUUCUCCCAUAGAGGCAUGAUCUGUCUUCUGGCUCCCUCUCAUCCCACUGGGUACCCACAGUAUAGUCAGGGACUCAGGGAAAUGCACGGCCUCUCCCUGCUGGGUGCUCUGCAGGCAGAGAACUUGGGAAUGGAGAAAGGAGAUGUCUGAGGCCCAGCUGAGGCCUGGACAAAAGGCACCUGCCACUGUUCCAGCCUGGCCCACCAGGUGACUGCGCUGGCAGGGCAGGAUGCAGAGAUAUUUAUAAGGAGCAAGCUACUCUGUCCCCCACAAAAGGACUUUGUGGAGGUGUGAGGGUGGGAGUAGGCAGGUGCAGCAGGGCAGUCGCCACCUUCUGCACAUUCCCGUCUCGGGUCACUCGCCGUGAACCAUCAUUAUUCCCUGGCCUGAGAUGUUUUUUCUAAGUUCCAGAUAGAUCUAGAAAUUCUUUUAUUAUUAUUUUUUUUUUUUUUGAGAGGGAGAUAGAAAAACAUUGAUGGAAGAGAAACUGAUCAGCUGCCUCCUACACGUACCCUGACCUGGUAUCAAGCCCACAACCAGGGCAUGUGCCCCAAUGGAAUCAAACCAGUGAUCUUUUGAUGCAUGGAGCCACACUCAACCAACUGAGCCACACUGACCAGGGCUAGAACUAGAAAUUUUGAAGACACUUUUUUUAAAGUACCUCUCAACAUUGCAAAAUGAUAUCUUGAAGCAGAAUUUCUUGUUUAAGAUGCAUUUGAAGGUUCACUAAUAUAAAUGGCAGUGAAAAAAAAGAUGUACUACCUACCAGCCAGCAUGGCUCAGUGGUUGAGCGUAGACCUGUGAACCAGGAGGUUAUGUUUGGAUUCCCAGUGAGGGUAUAUGCCAGGUUAGGAGCUCAAUCCCCAGUGUGGGGCGUGCAAGAGGCAGCCUAUCAAUAAUUCUCAUCAUUGGUCUUUCUCUCUCUCCCUCUCCCUCUCUCUUAAUCUCUGAAAUCA